CACUAUCUGAGCGAUGGUUCUCGGCUACGUGUUGUGGCUCAUCGUGUUCCGUAGCUGCCUUCAAACUUGUCCUAGCAGGAACAUUGCCUGGUGCACUGUUGUAGCAAGGAUCACAGCAUGCAAACUCUAGCGAUGGUUUUGUGGACAACAAAAAUCCUUCUCGAGGCCAAGAGUCAAGAAGAUGAACUGUGGGAUCCUUGGGCAGACAACUGCGAGUCCAUGGUCCCCUGUAACCUGACCGAACCCCAGACCGACCUCAUGCCCUACGUAGUUACUCUCAACAGACCAUACAUCAACAGCGAUCAGGCGGUGUACGUCUAUAUAAGAACACUAGCUCCACUCAGUUUCCAGGGGUUCAUGAUUCAGGCUCGGGACGACAAGACCGGUCAGGCUGUCGGGGAGUUCGACACAGACAACAGGAAGAUCAGCGUCAUUAAUUGCUUCGGUAGACCAGAUAGCACGGCCAUGCACGCUGACAAUUCCCCCAAGACGGAGGUGACGGCCAGAUGGGCGCCCGAGGAUGACAAUGAUGCUACCGUCACAUUUUAACUGUACGUCAGGCAAACUGCACGCGCCAGGACAUUGAGCGGCACAGACUGUACGCGGGGUCUACUGGGAGCUUCGCUGACUGUGAGGAGUACGCGCACCUCACUUCCUUGCGUCACGACUUGACUGGUUGUGGAGUCACGGGCCUGAGAAGUGACUGCGACACGAUAAGUCAAACUUUUUUAAUUCUUGUAUGGCCAUACUCAAAUAUUGAACUUGUGUACACGUUAAUUGAAAGCAGCUAUGGACUUUGUGGACAGUUGCAGGACUCGCUCGCCAGUGAGUGUCUUCACACCAGAUAGGGAUUUUUGCCUUCGUAUCUUAGUUUAGUUUUGCCUUAAAAUUUAUGUGUAAAAUUUGUACCUAUAUUUAUUUGUGUAUUGUCUAUGUUUAAUGGUAAGUCUAGCAUGGUGGCCACCUACGUCUUAAUUUUCAUGCCUCUUAUUUAUAAAAUAUUUUACCAAGAAUUGGAUGGUUUAACUGAAACUUUAGUAUUUACACAAUUGUUCUGUGUUUAUUGGUAUAACAACUAAGUGAAGUUUGGCACUUCCAGAACAUAUCUGUUAAAUAUAUUACUUGUGGCAUUUCAGGUGAAAUUUUGAACCUCAGAUUCACAUUACUUAGUUUAUAUAAAAAUAAAAAUCGGCUCUUAAAAUCGUGUUUUAAAUUUAUAUCAUAAUCUUAAUAGGAUUAAUAAAUUAAAGUUAUUGAUAAUUA